AUGAACAGUCAAACCAAGGAGGAAUCCCCAACUAGACCAGGUCCACAGACUGAUGACCAAACCGAGACCAAAGCAGAAAAGAAGCCCAACAAGUGUGUCUCGCGUGAGCUCUGCCAUUUCCUCUACUUUGAGGACAACGACUGCUUCUUUCCGCUGCGAAUCGACGACAGAAAGCGAGUGUCAUCAAGUGACGAGAAGAUGCCGUCGGACUGA